AUGACGUACGAGCCCGUUUUCUACGAGACGGUGGACCAGCACUUGAGCUUGCCCACCUUCAGCUUUGCUCCUGAUCGAGACGGGCCCAAUGGAUACUUUUCCGUUGGCGGUAUUCCCCCUGUCAACACGACGGGUAAAACCGCCUCCGCAUCUAUCCUCACUAGCAAGGGUACCCAUUCAAAGCCUUCCAUCAACCAAUCCGACUACUACUACAUCAACAUCGAUGGUGCUAUCGUUGGAGGAACUAACUACUCCUCCUCAUUCGCCCCCUUUGUCGGCUUCGUAGAUAACGCUACCCCACUCACGAUGCUUCCUAGCGCCAUUGUCACUUCCAUUGCGCGCUCCUUCAACCCGCCUGCUUCCAUCGCCGCGUCCACCCAACUCAGGGGUGAUCAUAUCCUGGGUGCUACUUUCUUGAACAAUGUUCUUUCUACCUUUGAUUUGGGUACCUCGGAAGUGAGAUUUACGGGUCUGUCUCAGAAGCUGUGA